AUGGAACUAACUUUCUUGAUUAGUCGAGAUGGAACAAAUGCCAAGAGGGGACAUGCACAGCGUGCGUGUAACUCUUGUCGUCACAAAAAGAAACGGUGUUAUCACAACACCUCCCAGGAUCAAUUAGCUGAUGGAACUUCUUCACCCAGCAUCUCUGGUCUCACAAGUAUCCAAAGUCCUGAAUCUCAGGCUUCAAGGCGGGAUCCAGCUGUCCGAAAUAGAUCUGCAUCUCCCCGAGGUGAGCGAUCAAGUGGCUCCUCACUCCAAAAUCUGGUGGAGAAAGGGGCCGAAUCUUUUGUCGCCCCUGAUGAAGGCACAGCUGCAGAGGUCGAUCAAGAGUCUCGUCGUUUUGCGUGCGACUCAAACCCUAUAGCGACUCUCAUAGAGCAGAACCAGUCAAGGUUGCAGGGAGGUCGAUCCCAGAAAGGGGAUGUAGGUGCAUGGUUGGGUACCGAGGAGAGCUCCAUUGAUCAGGGCGAAACCCCUGGCUCCUCUUCAAGAAUAGCACUGGGGACCCAUGUUCACCCGGACUGGCUGCCCUCGAAAGACUGCCAAGAGGCCUUGAUAGACAUAUAUUUUUGUCGGAUACACCCAUUACUGCCUCUUUUUGAUGAAGAAAAAGUCCGAACACAGCACCAAGCGGGUAGUCUCCCUCCGCGGCUUGUGCAAGCAAUUUGUCUUGUUGCAGCGAAGGAUCGAGGCGCGGUGCCUUUCCUAUGCCUUGGCCACAAUUCAAAACCCCUCCCACUGGAGAGAUUCAGCAACAUGCUCUACACCGAUGCUAUGCAAAACAUCUCGAGAAGGGCUGAGAAAAAGGUACUUGCAAUACAAAUCCUGGCGCUUCUGUCGCUGCACGAAUGGGGCUCCACUGGAUCCGAGGAUUGUUCUUUGAAUCUGGCCCAAGCUAUUCACCAUGCCCAGACUAUGGGGUUGCAUUUGCUGAGGGCAGACCAACACUCUGAUAAAUUUUCCAGGGGUCUUUUCUGGUGUCUGUGGUGUCUAGACCGAUGGAACGCUGCUAUGAAUGGGAGGCCCCUAAUGAUACACGACGGAGACAGGACCCAGGGGGUGGACGACGUUGUUUCAACGUUCCAGUCGCCGUUUCGUGUUUGGCUUCGAAUUGCCGAUAAGCUCGGACAAGUGAUUCACUUUUACCGACCGAUUGUGAAAGGCAUGGAUCAAAGUGAGCUCGAUCUUCCCUCCUUUGAAGAUAUUGUGCAGCACUGUGAAGCCUGGGACAUGUCUCCAGACCUGCUUGAAUCACUCGAGCUUGCUUAUCAUUCAGUGAUUAUUCUAUCAACAUAUUCCAGCGGGUUGCAGGGCCGAUCACGGCCACGAGCGUCAAAGAUCCGACAAAGUCAUUCAAUCCUUACCAUCGCGUCGCUCAGUUGCAAUAAUGAUAUUCGGAAUUUUCUGCCGUUUCCCAUGAUCGGUUACACCAUCGCGCUCGCCUUCUCGGUCACGUACAAACAGCUGAGGGAAAGCAAACUGCCAAGUGCACGCCACACAGCCAUUUCCCAAAUCCGGCUAUUUCAUCAAUGUCUCGAGAAAAUGGGCACCAAAUGGUGGUCGGCCGCUGUGAUGGCUCGUCUAGGCCAGCGUGUGUUGAACAACAUCCAACCCACCAUAGACCAGGAACGUUCCACAGGUCCAGAAAUCAAUAUCACCCGACUAAACUCUCAGCAUGAAUUGAGCCAUAUAUCUUCACAGCCACUUGCUUCCACUGAUAAUAUGCAGUCGCACUCGGCUAUCGACAUUCCGUGUGUGGCGAGACAGAUUAAUGCAGGAUCUCAGAGCACAUACCCUUUGGCUGAUCAUCGACUGGGAUCAGACCAACCUUCGAAUUUCGAAGUAAACAGCAUACCAUUUUCAACAGGGACUGAAAUUGAGGACUUUGAUACCUUUUUCGGAAAUUUCCUUGAUGUCGGUCUUCCAAACUGCUCGAAUGAUCAAUUAUUGUUAGAUCUCGACAUGGCCGACUUCGAAUUUGUUCAUCGCGGUCUAGCUUGA